AUGAACGUUACCAACGUCGAAGUCAAUGUCACGACGGUUUCGCCGACGCCGCACGUCGGGCUCGACAACAUCAUCGACAACAGAUGGGUGCAAGCCGGCUUCUGCGUUGUAUACACUGUUAUUUUCGUCCUCGGCUUGCUCGGCAACGUACUAGUUUGCUUCGUCGUCAUUCGCAACAAAGCGAUGCAGACCGUAACCAACUUGUUCAUCACCAACCUCGCCUUAUCAGACAUCCUGCUCUGCGUAUUCGCCGUCCCUUUCACCCCCCUCUACUCCUUCCGGGGAGCCUGGAGCUGGGGCUCCCUCCUUUGCCACAUGAUGCCUUCAGCCCAGGGCUGCAGCGUAUACAUAUCGACUUUGACGCUUAUGUCUAUCGCCAUCGAUAGGUUCUUCGUGAUCAUAUACCCCUUCCGCCCCCGAAUGAAGGUCGGUACAUGCGUCACCGUUAUUAUACUAAUAUGGUUCUUCGCGAUAACCGUCACGAUGCCCUACGCGAUUUUCAUGACGUACUAUGAUUUAGAAAUCGGCAGCUUCUGCGAGGAGACGUGGCCGACGGAGAGGCUGCGACGUAUCUUCGGCUCGGUGACCUCCAUCCUACAAUUCGUGCUGCCGUUCUCAGUGAUCGCGUUCUGUUACACGUGCGUCAGCUUUAAACUAAACGAACGCGCGAAAGCCAAAGCCGCUAGUAAGAAUACGCGGAAAGAGGAGUUCGACAAAAACAGAAAACGACGCACGAAUCAGAUGCUGAUCGCUAUGGUCACGAUCUUUGGCCUCUCCUGGCUGCCUCUGAAUAUGAUCAACCUGUACAACGACUACUACGUCUAUGCGAUCCACUCCAAGUACUACUUUCUCGUCUUCUUCCUCUGCCACGUCGUCGCCAUGUCCUCGACGUGCUACAACCCGUUCAUCUACGCGUGGAUGAACGAGAACUUCCGGAAAGAGUUCAAGCAGUUGAUCCCGUGCAUAGACACAUCACCGCAGCUUCGGUGUAACAUCCCCCUGGAGCAGCUCGGUGGUCAAUCAGAUAAGACUUUUAAUGGCAACACUGCGACUGAUAGCUAUCUAGGUUCGAGCUCGCAGAGGGUGCCGUCGUUUAGGCACAAAAGGAAGCCGAGUGCUGCUGCUGAUGUGGAGAAGAGUGGAGUGGAACUGAACGAGGAUCUGCUGAAUGUGGACGUGAAGCACUGUCACAUCUCCACCAGCUACAACCUGCGUCGGGAGUCUGUCAAACUUCGGCUCAUUAACGAGGAGUCGUUUGACGGGACGCCCACGCAGAGCCAAUUCUAACGGUUGAUGUCACGGGUGCGGCUAUGGAGGCGUUCCCAGGUAUAGAUCCUAGAUCCCGAUAUUUUUGGAUUCUAUUUUUUGUACGGAACGGACUUUUCUACUAGUGUUAGAACUUCUGAAUACGCUUACGACGGAUUUCACGCGGCGAGGUGCAACGUUCAACCUUUUACUAAAAUGUUUUGACUGUGAUAUUUUUUUUCGAGCUAAAGCUGGUACAGAUGCGACUUGAACGGAAGUGCAAA